AUGUACCUAUAUACCCUCACAUUCUCAUCUCAUCUCAUCUCAUCUCAUACCCCCCUCACAGACAACCACAACCGCCUCGUCGCCGACAUCCUCACCCGCUACCGCACCCUCAUGAUGCUCGCCACCGUCCAAGCCGAACAAGACCGCAACAACGCCAACCCCGAAGCCAUGGCCGUCACCGGCAUCUCCCUCAAAAUGGAAUUCGACGGACUCUACACCUCCAUCAAGGAAUUCCUCACCCUCUCCCGCAAAAUCAAAGAGCUCUGGAUCUUUGGCCCCCUCGGCACCGAAGACAGCGAUCGCAAAGAAAAAGAAGAGCAGCUCGAUCAGGACGUCAACCGCGUGUCGGAGCUGCUCAACCAGAUGGAGGCUUCCAAGAUGAAGACCCUGGCGGAGAGCAACGGCGGGACGUGGCAGCCGCUCGUCAGGGAGGAGAUGGAGAGCACCAUUGCGGCGGCGGCUGCUGCUGCGGCUGCGGCUGCAUCAGCUGGUGCUGGACGAUGA